UGGACUGACUGCAGCACAGCGUGAAAACUUUUUCCUGUGGGGCGGUGAUCCUUACGGAUGAAAUCCGCUAAUUUACUCAGACUUUUGCGCCGUAAAAAACACAAAAUAUAAGAGCAGCUCGUAUAUAUUUAGCAAACGGAGCUGAAUAGUAAGUUUUAACACAGAAAAUACCCUGAAUAUUACGAUGUCCUUUUAAUUUAUUGCUCAAACUUUGGUCAUUGUAACAUCGGCUCGGACAAAAAGUGGAUAAAUGUUUUUCUACAUUUAGCCAUAAAGACUUUGGGGUUUAGCCUCUGCCAGGAGUUUACUUGAUUCUACUAAAGAAUUACUGUGAGGGGGUGACGGCUGUAACGUUGGACCCCUGGAGCAGGACGGAAUGACGUCACAGACCAGUAGCCCCAGACCCUCCAGAGAUUGACCCGGGAUGGAGCUGAAGGUGUGGGUCGAUGGAGUCCAGCGUGUGGUCUGUGGGGUCACAGAGGCCACCACCUGCCAGGAAGUGGUCAUCGCUCUGGCUCAAGCCAUUGGUCGCACAGGACGCUAUACGCUGAUUGAAAAAUGGAGGGACACCGAGAGACAUCUUGUUCCUCACGAGAGUCCGGUGGCCUCUCUGAACACUUGGGGGCAGUAUGCAGGUGACGUGCAGUUUAUCCUACACCGUACAGGUCCCUCUCUCAAUGAGUACCCCUCAACCGAAGGUCUGAAUUCUCGGGGCCCAGAGCGUGGCUUGCAUCGGCAGAGCCUUCCAUUGAUGGCCAAGCUUCGAGCUCCAGGUGACCGUUCCCUCCGUCGCCGCGAGCCACGCCGCAAAUCUCUAACCUUCACCGGUGUGCCCCGCAGCCUUAGGGACAUCCUUAGUGGAGGCAGGCUCAGUGACAGUAGUGCCAGACAACGAGAGGUUUUAGUGAAAAGUGCCCACAAUUCGCCCUCAAUGUCCCCUCGGUUAUCAGGCCACCGAGUGGAGGAUCUUUCCCAGCUGGUGAGACUGCAAAGGGAGACUCUUUCAGUUCUAGACAGCAGGAUAGAGGCAUACGAAGCAGAGCUUCGGAAGUUGACGGAGAAAAGAGUUGGACUAGAGGAGGACGAACUGUAUGUAAAGAUGACGGAGGAAGUUUCAAGGUUGGAAAAGCAAGUGCGAAGGAACAAGGUGGAGAUUGAGGAAGAGGAAUUCUGGGCAACCGAGCUCGAGAUCGAGCGGGAGAGCGAGCGGCAGCUGCAGGAGCGCAUCCAAGAGUUGAGCAGUCGGCUGCGUGGUUGUGAGGUGGAUCUGGAACAGCGGCUAAUGUCUCUGCAGGGCGUAGAGGCAGGGAUAGAGGCUCAAAAGCAGCAUAAGGAGAACAGAGAGAGCCAGCAGGCCAGUGAGGGGGAAGUGAAGGCUAGACUUCAGAGAGUGAAAGCAGAACUCAAGGCUCAAGCUCAACACACGGCCCAGCUUGAAAACAGCUCAAGAGCAGUGGAUCGCUCGCUGUCUGAGUCAUGCAAGAGACUGCAGGAGAGUCAGUACGAACUGGAGCAGCUUACCAAAGAGUUGAGGCAGGUAAACCUACAGCAGUUCAUACAACAAACAGGCACCAAAGUUACGGUUCUGCCCGUGGAGCCUGGCGAUGAGGACUCCAGCAAUACAACAGAUGAUAAAGAUUUUGCUGCAUUAACUGGCUCAUUGAAAAGACCAGGUUUACCUCUUCCAGCGGUCGGCAGCAUCCGUGGACUCCACAGUCCGAUCUCCUCAGGUUUGAAUCCUGAGGGCAUCUACGUCUGAGGACCAUAAAUCACUUCAGCAGAAGUCAUUCAGAACCUCUCCGUAUGUUUUAAACCGAGUUAUUUCUAUUCAUAGCUACUUCAAGCAAAACCAACAACAGAUUUGCUCAUGAAGGAGAACUUCAGUGGUAUCACGAACACCUCUCAAGCAGUUUUUCUGUUCCCAAUCAUAAUACUUGAUCUUGAUCACAAAGAGCUGCAUAGCAUUUCAAAUACAAACUUACAAAAGUAUGCUGACUUUCAUAUGUAUAGUAGUGUCUACUGUUAGAAAGUGAUACCCGUAACCUUGUCACAUAAACUAGUAGAUGAAGGAUGAAUUACUUUGGAAGCAUAAA